UCUCCGCUUUUGUUCGCGUCGGACUCGGAUGUGAAAACGGAUUCGUCGUCGACAACCUCCGCCACCCCCGUGCACGUGCAACACCCUCGCCUUCAGGCUUUCAUCCCUUGCCUGCCUCCGGCUCCGCGGACUGGUCUCACUAGUUUUUUUAUGUGGAUUACUUUACCGCCUAACGAUGCUUCUUCAUUAAAUAUGGAAGAGGAGUGAGGCAUUUCUUGCAUGGAGUUGGCCUCGUUGUUCCGGUUACCAUGCUGGAACUAAAAUGAGGACAGUCUAUUUUUGUAUUGACGAUUGGAACCAGUAGGUAAUAAUGGAUUCCAUUAGUACCACUGCAGCUGCUGCAGAUCAGCUCCUGGUUUCAAACAACAUAAUUAAACUUGAAAUUACGGAUAAGAGUAAACAAGUUAGCAACACUGACAAUGCAGUCCCACCUUUUAUCAGGACGCCUGAAACGGACGCGUAUGCAAAUGCAUCUCACACGCACCCCAGUGGGUACGCAGAUCUGGGCGGAGUCAGUAGCAAUAUUAUCCCUGACAAUCCCAUAGCUAAUAUUGAUAUUGAUAGACUGAACUAUUUGGAAACAGCAGAUGAGAGUCUAGAAGAUAGCAAGCCCUGUUUGACUGAUGGAACCUUCAUCAAUGAUCUUGUUCCUAGUAGACAAGAAUUGAGCUCAAGAAAAUCAAGGGAUGGUUCUCGCAGUAGCGAGCAACUACCCUCUGAAGCUCCUUCAGUAGCAAACAGUUAUUUACACAAUUUUAACUCUUGCUCUCUGAAGGACCUACCAAGCGGUAGCACAGAAGCGGACUUCGGUAUCGUAAAAGAGGAGUUACACAUCGAAGAUAUCGAAGAGGGCGCUGAAUAUUCCUGUCUCUCGUCGCAAAGUAGUGUUACAGAAAAUCUUUUUGCUAACUCGCUGCCAGAAUCUAUCGAACCGUUCAUUAAAGGAAAUGAAGCAGAAUCUCUAUUGAAGACUGAUGUUAGAAUGAAUGAAAAUGCUUCUCAAGAAAACGUUUCUGAAAUGUUAGAUUUAUUUAACAAGCCUGUUAAACCAAUUCGGAGGCAACGAGUGAAGAAAACACCGAAAAUCGGAGCCAGAUUGAGCAGCGUCAUCAACAAACUCGCCCAAAGCAAAGAGACCUUAAUUAUAUCUACAAGUAAUCCCAGUUGUUCAGCUACUGCUACCUCAGAAAGUAGUUUUCCAUCGGACGCUGUAAAUGAAGCAUGUAGUGGCUCACAUGCAGCAGCAACUCAGUUGGACAUUCAAAGAUCGGAAAUUUCUCCCGCAAACACUGCCUCCGCCUCGACUACAGUUCAAAGUUUAAGUGAUGCUCAAGUUUUGUCAAAUUCUACAAAUCAGUGCCUAGAUAGUAGCAUUAGUAAAAAUUGUGAUGAAUUUUCUGCGCCCUCAAAUUCGAUUUCUGAAUCGUCAGAAUCACUGGACAAAACUAAGUCUAGUUUAGUUGUAGAUCGGCUCAAGCGCUUAGGUACAAGUAUUGAAGUUGAGAAACCUACCACAGAUGCCUUGGAAUCAACUCUUGAGAAACGAUCAGGGGUUGCCAGCUUGAACAAAUCUGAACCAAGCAUUACAAUUGAACCUCAGCCAUUUGUUACAACUAGAAGUCUAAGUCAGUCCCUCCCCACUUUGCGAGUCCCCUUGACCAAGUCAAGAACUGUAAAGAAAACAUCAGGGAAACCGCAAGACGCGGAAGCCCCCACUGUAAAAUGUAAGAGCACUGAGACGGGGGUUAGUUCAGAGGGAACCAAAUCAGCAACUGAAUCCAAGCGAAGUAGCGCUGAGUCCACACAACCUGUGCUAGAACCAAAUGAUGAUAUCAGUUUACUUCAGUAUAAAAAUUGUCUGAACAUGCUUGAAACAUUGGUAAAAGCAGAUGAUUUAGUCACAGAUAUUACCAAGAAUUGUAUAAAAAACAAAACAAAUAGGAAAAUUAAUAAAAAUGUGCUUAAAUAUGACAGUACAUUAAGUAAGCAAAAUUGGAAAAGUAAUUUAGUCACUAAUGAAAGUAGUCCAUCGAAAACAACUCUCAUACUAAACAAAAAGAAUCCUUUAAAAACAAAAAUCAAAAUAGUCAGCAAUCCUGUCAUUAACACAACUCAGGAAACCGAUUCCGUAGUUGAGGGAGCCAAAAACCCUGCCACUAGUCAGAAGAUUGAUGGUGAAAGAGUAAAAAUCAUAAUGGACAAACAUAAUUUCACUCUUGGUGAGAAUUCUGUCUUAGAAAUGCCUAAUGGAUCAAAAAUGUAUACCUGUGAUGUUUGCAAUGGGGUCUACCAGAAAGGUUUUAGCCUAAAACGGCACUACUUGCGGUCACAUAUUAACAACUACUUUUUCUGCGUCAAAGAAACGGAAACCAGCGGAUCGUUAACUUUUCAGCUCUCAGGAGGUGCCGAUGAUAAUGGUGGAGUCGAUCCAUCAAAAGCUCUUCUCUUUCGAUGCCACUUUUGUGGUUCUUGCUUCUCUCUCAAAUCUGAAUUGAAAGGUCAUCUCACUGCCCAUCCACCUGUCAAUUCGAUUAGCACCAAUGAUGUGAAAGUUUACAAGUGCAUUAAUUGUUCAAUAGUCUUCAAUAAGAAAAAGGAAUUCAGCAAGCAUCGUAAAACAUGUGUCAUUGAAGUUCCUGUGGCUCCACCUCCCGUGUAUGCUCCGAAGCAACGACUGAAUCAGAAAUUGCUUUGUUUGUUUUGCCCUAAAGUAUUUCCGUCAGCUGUCGAUCGUCGAAAACAUGGUUUAAAAAUGCACCAUCCAAAGAAGAAGGUCCAUGGAUGUUUCAAGUGUAUAGAACAAUUUUUAUCCCAAGCAAAUGUUUAUCAACAUCUACGAGAAGUUCAUAAAAGUGAUUAUUUCAGUUGCUCAACCUGCAAGGAACGUUUUGCCAAUGACUUGGAACUGAAAACUCAUUGUCAAAGAAAACAUAAUGGCAAUAUGGAUGUGCUUAAUAGUGUAAGUGACAAAAAUGGUGUUAUAGAUUGGUUCGAGGAACCAGAAGAAAAACUCCCAGAACUUAUUUGUAAUGUCUGCUCUAAAUCAUUCUCAAGUCAGUCCAACUUAAAUAAGCAUACCAAAACCUUCCAUCUUCUUGAAAAGAACGAUAAAAAUGCUACCUCUCCAAAGCAUGUCACAAUUUUGUCCAAAGCAGGUAAUCCCGGCAAAGAAUCCAAAACCUCGAAAACUAAAAUUGACCCCAAAAAAUUGAACUCAAAAUCGAAAAGUGACCCAAAAAGUAAAGAUCAAGAUAUGUCUUUUUAUUCUGAGUUAUCAGAUAACAUUCAGUUCAAUCUAAUGCAUCACAUAGAUGGCAAGCUGCAAAAUGAAAAGAAAAAUGCACCUCCAUCUUCUGUUGAGAUCACCUCAACUGUGAGUCCACCGCCACCUCCUGCAAAAGGUGACUCUCCCAGUAAAACUCAGAGUCUUGCCCAGCUGGAUCUUGUGGGGAAAAGCUCUCUCAAUAAGGGAGCAUCCACAAGCUCAGUGCAAGACGAAAAACCUAAUGACUGGUAUGGCAAUACACUGAACUACACAGAAGAUAUGUCUCACCUCGAUAUUGCCACACAGCUAACUAUGAAGAGAAAUUUACAUAUCCUCAAUUCUUCACGCGCCAAAUCAGAGGACACAAGCCAAGUCUGUGGCAACAUCAGACUCAAGAGAGUGAAGGAUCUCUCUAAAGACCUAUCUCUGGAACGACCCGAGACUCUUUGUGCCGAAUCUUUUGGAGACAGAACCUUUGGAAUGUUAGAAUCAAAUGCUGGACUUUCUGGAUUUUGGACAAGACCUCACAAUUAUGUUUGUACAACGUGCGGAAGCCAGUCGCUCAACUUUUGGGAUAUGGAAGACCACAAGUGGAAUUCUCAUCCAAAUGUGAAAUGUUCCCACUAUGAGUUCACCGAAAAUCAUUUACCAGGAUGGGAAUUCUUUACCUCACGAACAUUCACCUCAGAAGACAUAGACGCAAUUGAGCCUAAUGUCGAUCUGGAAGUGCCUUCAGCAACAAAUCGAUCUCGAUGUUCCAAAUGCAAAAAAACUUGCAGCUCAACUUUGGAGCUUCACCGGCAUAUGCUUGAGUGCGGUCUGGAUACGACGUGGAUGUUAACACUCAUGCCGAGCCCCACCAAGAAACAAAAGGAAAAAAAGAAAUGGAGACCAUUUGGCAGUCGGCGAAGAAGAAUGAGCAGAGUUCGUGGCUUUAAACGGAACAUACCUAACUCUCCAAUGAAAAUCAUUUUACCACCCAAAGUGCCACUCGGAAAAUCCAAAUCUGGUGACACUGAAACCAUUCAAAAGAUGAUAGCUAACUUGCCAGCAAAGAGGGCCACCAGGCGCGUUGUUAUUUUCGAUAACCCAAGUCGAGCGGGCCAAGCAACUAUCAAUUGUAAUUACUCCUUAAGGAAUAAGUCGAAGGUACCAAUCACCAGCUUGAAUUGGAAUAAUAACUCUUACGAAGAUGGACUGAUUGAAAAUCUUCUUAAAAAUGAUCAGCAAAGUGUACCAUCAGAAUCUCCCUUGUUGAGCGCCUCCGCCGACUCUAUCAAUCUAAAUAUGGCAGGCAAAGACUGCAAGGAGGCAAUUUCCUCUCCAGCUGAUCUCCUCUCCAACUCAUCCUCAAGAACAAGAAUAGUUCCAAUAUGGCCCCCUGCUGAACAAUCAGACGUCCUCACGAGUCUUCGAAUGAUGCCCAUACCGCAAAUACCAAUGGUUGUAGAGGCAGCGCACCCUGUAACCCUUCAGAAACCUUCUGAACCGGAUAUGAAGCCUGUGCUUGAAACUGUGAAGCCCGUAAAACAAUUGAAGCCAGCCAAAACCACUAAACAUCUUAGAUCUCUGGUUAGGCAGCUGAGUGCAUCAUCUUUGGAGUCGUCCUCAGAAUCAAAUAAAAAACCUUCAAUUCAUUCGGAGAAGACCUCAAAUGGCAGCAGCAGAUCCACCUCCCCGGGUGUCAAUGAACCCACUGCCAAAGUAAGCGGACUUAUUCUUGAGAAAGCAUCAAAUAAGACAUCCAGUAUGCCAAGUUCUCCGUCUAAAGUCACUUUGGCUCUGUCAAAAUUUUCUGUCAAAAAACCAAGUGAUCUGGCAACAGAGAAAUCAACGAUCCUCGAUGCCAUGCGCAUUGCAAUGGCAACCGUAAAUCCUGAAUUUACAGGAAAGUCCCUCCUUCUCAAGUCAGGGAAAGGUAACGUGCUAAAGAAAUCACUAAGUGAAUCUCUCCUAUCAAGCAGCAACAUUUUGAGAACUGAAACUGUCUGUGAUAAUAACCCCCUCUCUUGUGUUGACUGCAGCAAAGUUUUUAAGAACAGGGCCUUGCUUAGAAGGCAUAUGAGUAGGUGUCCUGUCUCGAAACGUAUCAGAAGCUUAAAUAGCACUCCAAAUCUGACUCCUGGUGUUAGUCCAACACCUGGAGAGAUAGAAUCUCUUAUCUCUAGUCCUGUGAUCACUCCGCCCAAAGGGCAGUUACCAGCCUCAACUGAAAUAUCACAGAUUCCAUCAAAGCGUGAUACCAGAACACAUCCUCUGGAAAGCACAAUUAAAUCACCCAGCCUCAGGUCCAGGAAACCCGCUAAAGAUAAUACUUUGCCUCUUAACUCCGAAGGUAGAGAAAAAAUAUCAAAGGUCCUCAGGAGUAGAACUCGGAAGACAAUAUCAGAUCUGCCUCCUCCAGAGGCAAGUGAAGAGUUGAUUCUGGAUGAAGUUACUGGUGAACUGGUCCCGGUUGAUCGGCCACCCAAAUUAAAGGUGAAAGUAUCCAUAAUGACCAGGAGUGAAAGAUCGAACUAUGUAAGCCCUAAAGUGAAGAGCUCCAGUGCCACUGAAACGGAACCACAAGUUUUAACCCCCAAGGCUAGUAGAGAAGAUAUUACAAAUGUUGUUAACAAUGAUGGCUCCAAAAUGUUGGAUGCUGCCAUGAAUGCCAACAUUAUCUCUGCAACCUACACAAAUGGAAUGUUUUCUGACAGUGAUACAGACAGUACGCCCCUAGUGCAGCUCAAAGAAAUUCUAAGCGCCGCCAAUAAAACUGGAGAAAAACCCCAGAAAAAAGUUCUCGUUAAAAAGAAAAAAGUGUUCCGAAAGAGGAGAACAAAAGCUGCUAAAAAGAAGAGGCUCCCAAGCAGAGGAGCCUCUGAGCAAAUCAAAUAUCCAGGUAAAAUAGUAGUUCUUUCCUCAUCAGAUAGUAAAGAGUCAAUUCAGCCUUUAGGAAGUUUGAUCACUGAUAAAAACGAGAUAGUUACUUCCAGUGAAAAUGUCCCAAUAAGAUCGAAGAAAUCGAACUCCUUGAAGAUGCAGCAGCGUGCAGCUCCAAAUUCUAAGAAAAGAAUCCUACGGAAAAGAAAAUGUAAUAGCGAACUUGAGAAUGCUAGUGAGUCAGUAAAAAUUGUUGACGAAGUUCCAGCAAGUACCGAAGCCUUGUCUCGACAAGAAGAUGAAAUAAAAGAGGAACCUAACCUUGAUGAAAGUUUCAAAUUGUAUAUAAGUGAGGAAGAUGUUGAAGCUAAAGAAGAAUUAGAACUCUCCACUGCUGGUCCAUCAGUUGAUGAUAAAAAAGAAUCACUGGAUGUAAUAGACUCAGUAAGUAAUCAUGAUGAAAUGCUUGAUGCUGAUGUUUCGAAGCUAGAUACCCUCAGUGAUGCCAAGUCCACUUCAAGCAUUGAUGAAGGUCCUUCAAAACCAAAACGCAAGAGGCGCUCAGCAUACAAUUUGCUGUUCACAAGCUUGAAACAGGAAGACAUGAAUGAGCUUUUAACAACUAUCCAAGCUGAUCGUCAGAAUUUAAAGCGAAAAUGCACCAUGGUCGAUUCGCUGCCAGCCAUUGAUAAGAAAGUGAAAAGGUCUGGAAGUAAAUCGGACGAUGAAAGUGUGGACAAACUGUGUCAUGAAGAAGCUGUUUCACAGUCUAAUAAUUCAGACUUGGCAACUGCAAAUUCUGAGGAUAUCACUGAUACCGCCAACACCAAAGUAGAAUCUAAUUCUGAUAGGAAGGAUAAGCCUUCUUUGAUGAUGAAAAAAUCAAAACUGCGGAAAGGUGGAGGUAAGUUAACAACAGAUAACACUCUGUCCUCUAGCGUUGACGCUUCUGCCAAGGUUGAUGAUCCUGUCGUAUUGGAAACUCCUUCUGGGACCAUUGACUCAGAGGGAGUGCAACUUGGACUCAGCUCGGGAGAAAAAUCUGCAACGCUGAAGGGGAGAAGUUUAAAGAAGAAUCCACGAAGCAGAGCAACCAGAGUCCCAGAAACGGUGAAAUCUCAACGGCAAACUCUUUUAGACGAGUUUGUAGAGGCAGAUACUCCCAGUUCCAGUGAGAUAUCUGCAGGCUCAGCCUCAGGAUCAAUCAACACUUCCAGUAUUAAAACAAGACCAAAACCCAGUUCCAAUGUUACCAAAUCUUUUGUUCCACCCUCCGAUGUCCAGAUAUCCUCAACUCGCAAGAACAAAAAUCAGAAAAUAGACCUGAACAACCCCAAAACAAACUUAGGUUCAUCUGAAGAGAAGAACCUGGAAGAAAGAGUUUUAUCCAGAAGCGCAUCAAAGCUGAGAAGUGCUGUUGAGGCAAAAAAUUUAAAAAUGGAUGAAGUCGCGGUAGAUAUUCCUGAAGUUGAAGCAGUUGGAUCGUUAGUUAGUUCCAGGACAAGGGCCAGAAAAUUGAAUCCCAAAAUGGCAAGCAUUGUACCUGCAACUGAAUCGUUUGAAAACGAACUUGAUCCAGCUACAGAAGAGGUAGCACCUAGAAACACCUCUGCUGACUCAUCAGUUAAUGAAGAUAGUGUUGUUAGAUCCAAGACAGGUCUCUCAAAAUCAAAAAACGUUCCUAUCAACGCUAAAACUGUAAAUGUUGAGCCAGGCAAAAAAGAAGAGCCUAAGACUUCAGUCAAUACCAAGAAGAGGAAACAACUCAAAAGAGGCAUUGGUAAAGAUUUGUUGUCAGAGGCAACAUCAGACGAUGAUAAUAUACCUUUGUCCAGCCUAAGUGCGGAGAAAAUAGCCUCCAGCCUUUCCACUAAGGUGGAGGACGCUGAGCUUUCUGACAUCGAUCAAGUUUUGAUGAAACGGUGUCAGGAACCAUCUGCAAGUUCUCUAGAUCUGGUAAACACUGAUAAUUUAGCUGACUUUGACAAGAGUGAGGAAAAUCCAGGCGGAAAUUCUCAAUCUUUGCUCAAAGUUAAAAGUAAGUCCAAGAAUCUGAAAAGAAAAAGACGAAAAGAGUUUGGUCAUGUGAACUCACUUAACAAUGUAGACUCUCCAAUGACUUCAGAUAGUGAAGGAUCAAUUUUACGUGUACACAAGAAACAGCCUAAGGGGAAAAAAUCUGCUUUGGCCAAUGAAGUUAGCUGUGCGUUGGCAGAGAAUGAUCUCCUCAUUAACAGUGCAAACCUUCGGAAAAAACUCGCCAAACUGAAAACAACCAAGGAUCUGAAAAAAGUCCUAAGUUUGAUACAGAAAGGAGGGACUGCAGAAACUGAUAAUGAAGCGUGUGAUGAGACGCUGAUGGAAAAUUCCCAGAGUAAUGAUCCUCUUUUUGGCAGUGUCAUCCAAAGAAAAAAGAAAUUGAAGAAAAAGAAACUAAAAAAGAGGAAAAAGAAAAAUUUUAAGGACAAAGAUCUAGUCAAUGUAUUGGUCCAAACAGUCGCCAAAACAGCAAACAAACUUCUCACCAAAAAGUCAGCUGAGCAGCUCCGCAAAAAACAACUCAAACUACAAAGGAAAAAAGCUUUGGAAAAAUUGUCACACGCCAAUAAUGCCUGGCAAAUUUCCAUUGUCAACCCUGAAACAAAAGAAACUUCAACUACAGAAAUUCCUGAUUCAUCAAACGAUUUAGAAGUGAAGAAAGGAGAAGAGCUCAAGGCAUUAGAGGAACCCGGCGACAUUGAUUCCGACAAUAGCAGUGUUAACCUAAGUAAAUCGAAAGGCCACUUAUACUGUUCCGUCUGUGAUAAAAGUUUUCUUAGUGCAAUGAACUAUAACAAGCAUUUUACUACAUGGAGGCAUAUGUUUCAUGAGAAACUUGACUCUCAACAGCAGGAUAGCGAUUCGCCAAAAAUCAGUGUCAAUAGCUCCUCAGUGGAAACUAAUAGUGUGUCGAGUAACACCAGUAUAUCAACUUCCAGUAACACUAGUAUAUCAACUUGUGUGAGCAACAUAAGUUUGAGCUCUUUGAAAAGCAAACUGAAUGCUGCAACUAAAUGCGAUGAAACACUAUCUGUGACAACAGAGACUUCAUCAUCAGUGUCCACCCCUCCUACAGUCCCUCAAGACCCUGCGAGCACUGCAAUAAAAACGGUAGCUCUACUGUCAGAAGUGGAGUCUAGUAAAGAGCCACAGUGGACCCAGCCUAGUUGGCAAAUGAAUCCAGCGCCAGAUGUGUCAGUCAAUAACUGGUAUGAAUCUGCAUGGCCAAAAACUACCUCGUAUGAGUCUAUCAGUCUUGGAUCAAUAUUGGAUUCAGUAAACCAGAUACUUUCCGACCCCUCAAGUGCGGACCCUCACUCGUAUCCUAUAAAUCAGUACAGCCUCGCAGACCUACAGCACGCAAUAUGUGCCAGCGAUGAAGAGAUGGCAAUACUGCAGCACUGGGGUGAAAAUUGUCAGACACUGAGUGAGCCGGAGUAUGUAUAUGAUAAUUCUGCAGUGCAGCAACCCAGCCAUCCCCCUGCAUUCAACGAAUGGUCUUGUGAAUCAGCGGAUCUUAUUGAUUUGGAUAAUCAAAAUUCCUGGUCCAAAAAACCAACUGCUACCGUUGCAAACUCGAGUGACAACCAGAAAUCUAGUCACUCAGGGAAAGUCACCCUCAAACCAAAACCGAACAAGCUAGAAUUAAAAUAUUAUGAAGACUUUGAAAUGACCUGUCCAACUCCCUCCUGCUCUAAGAGAUUUCAUGGAAUCUCUGCCCUCCGCAAGCAUAUCAGUUGGGCCCACAGUAAUAACAAGAAAGCCAUUGCAUACUGCAACCCCAAAACUGAUCUGCUAACAACGUGCAUGACCAGUCAGACUGUGGCCAAGAAUCUUGUGUGUUUUGUCUGCAAGGAGAUAUGUAGCUCUAAAACGAUGUUAGAUUCUCAUGUCAGCACAUCUCACGUACGAAAGAAACCUACAGAACUUGUUCCUGGAUCAUCUAAAACUCCUUUGAGUGAGGGAGCAGAGAAGCUGAAAAGUAAGAUGUCCAGUGCCUUUGGCGGUUUAUUAGACCGAGCCUUAAACAAUUUGAAACUAAAUCCACAGAAAGUGCAAUCAGAAUCAGGAGAGUCCUCGAAACCUCCAGUUCUCCCUGCAAUUUCUAAUGAAACCCUCAAGUUGCUUGGUCAAUUGAAAGAGAAGCGACGAUUGGAAACUGCAGAAAGCAAGACCCUCACGUCCAAUCUUGCCCACGAGCUGCGUAAUAUGCUGAGUCGUAAAAGAGAUGACUCGCCCACCACCUCUGAGAUAGCCUUUUCCCGAAGGAGCAGCAUCGACUCAGAUGCUGAAGUAUCAUCAACAACAGUAAAAACUGAUUAUAGGCGACCAUUUGGAUGCCCUCUUUGUUCUAUGACCUUUGCCUCCUCUGUGGAGCGAAAUCGGCAUCUAACUGUCAAUCAUGGACCAAGACACAGGACAGUUGCACCCGAACCAACACCUGCAAAAGCUUUGGAAGCGCCACCCGAGCCUGAUGUGUGCCCUGCUCCAGAAAGGAAAUCUAUACCUAAAGAAUGUACAAAUUCAAAAAUAAAUCGCAGUAAACAACUGGCUCUAGAUUGGAAGGUGGAGAUGGAAACAAAUGCUUAUGAAAUGCAAUGUGACAACUGUAACACGACCAUUAAUUGUCCCACUAUUGAUAACCCAUCCUUAGAAAGCCCAAAACCCAAGAAACCAACAAAGCGCAUUACUGGGAAGAAGAAUAUUUCUGAAAAAGAAUCUGCCGCAUCUACAUCAAGUGUUUUGGACUGCUCAAAUAUGCACACCGGUGAAGUAUUAGGCUCGAAUGGUUCCACGUCAAAAUCAAGAGGCUCCAAAGUUUUACCCAAGAAAUUGUCAAAACCGAAAACCGAAGCCCUCGAAGAUGAAUUAGAGAUUAAAAAAGCCAAAGAAGAAGAAAAAAUUAAACGCCAGAACGAUGCAUUUGAUCUACUACUCGGCAAGAAACCAAGCAAAGGAAGCUCCGCAAGGAAACCCAAACCCAAAACAAAGGGAAAAUAUAUUCCAAAACCUGAUCCUUGUCCCGCUACCCGCAAAAAAGCAAUCUCUCAGUUGCAAGCACUAGGCGAAAACACUGAAUCAUUGGAAUCUCUGCAAGUAGAAGAGUUAAAAAUGCCAGCUUUGAAACCUGUUAAAGCCCCUACCAGAGUCCCAAGUCGAGUCUCACCAGACAUUCCAGCCCCAAUCUUGAAACCAAUCACAGCAGAAGUGCCAAAAUUGAUCGAGCGCAAAACGAAGCCACCUGCUCUAUCUCUUGCGGUGUCUCCAAAAACAUUGAAGGCAUUAAAAUCGAUCGACACGUCAUCAUGUGACUCAGACAGUUGUAAGUUAGAUAGCCCAUCAUUUGAUCUGCCUGAAAUAGAGCCAUAUUCUUCUGGUAUGAUUGAGUCGCCUAAGACAAAUGAAGAAGAGGGGGUCAGCCUUCGCAAACCAAACACUUUGGUGAAGAAAACUGUAGCCCCUCAGAGUAAGUGUGACAAUGUGUCAGAAUUGGAACAGUUAUUUUCAGAUGACGAUUCAGAUCAAGAAACAACAAAUGCAAAACCAUCGAAAGAAACUGAGAAAGACGUUAGUCCUGAAACAUUGAAGUCAUUGAAUGCAUUCCGAGAGACAUUGAAAGUUAUGAAAACCCAAGGAACUUCUGAGCCCAAAAACUGUGAAAAAACGCCAAGUACUGCAGAUGUUUACGAUUUCGAAGAUUAAAUUUAUUCCCAACUAUUUUUACUUACGAAAAGAAAAUAGAAAUCUUUUAUAAUCAGGUCAGCAUUAAGACUUCCAUUAAAUAUCUGAUGUCCUGACAUAGCAUUUCAAAACACUUAAAUGUUAUGCUAGAAUUGAAGUGUUUUGUGUAUGUUUCUUUGACAUCAUCUAUGAAAGGCAGCUGAGAAAUUUAUGAGGUCCAAGAAAACUUAUGCAUGCAACCACAAGUGGAAGUAAUUGAUGACGUUAAAGCCCUGAAACACUUGAAUCAGAUUCUUUACUGUCUCAAAAGAUGGUGAGUGCAUGGGCUUAAGUAAAAUUAUAUGUAGGCAUAGUAAAAUUUUCUUAAGCUGACAUCUAGAAAUUAUGAGAAAUUCAGUCAGAAAUUAGAAGUUAGCCGAUGGAUCUUUCAUUUUGGCGUGAGCGUCCUCUGGCAAGCUUUUGUGCACUCCUCCUGCUUUUCACUCGUGCUCAAGGAAAUUUUUUAGAUCAUUCGUCAACAAGCAGAAGGAGUGUCGAAGAGCUAGCUGUUAAACGCACUCCUCAGAGCUGGUCGUAAAACCUUUCUCAGUCUAUUUUCUCAAAACUAAUUUUUAGCUGAAGAAAGCUAAAGCACUGUAGUGCAUCUCCUUCCAACUGAAAAAUUAAAUUAUUUCACGUUUCUGCUGUCUUAUGUAUGUCACUUAAAGGAAUAGCCCAUAAAAUUUAGGAAUGCAAGAAAUCUUGGGCUUUCCAAUUUUUUUCCAAACUUUCUUUCUCUUUUCAUUGAGCACUUGGUUAACACCAUAAUUCUACUCUAAGUGGAGAUUCUUGCUAAUAGGAUCAAAAAAUUUCAGUUAAGGCUUCGUAAUAGUUUUUUAUUGUAAAACAUGCCUCAAGUCAGUAUUUUUAAAUUAAUUUAAUUAUAUACAAGACCAGAAUCAUGAAAGAAUUUGUUUGUCGGGAGAGUUAGUCAUUUUGGUGCGCUUAGUGGUCUUUUACUGUACUUGCAUCAUAAUUUUCUGUCAUCUGUAACUUGCAAAUCUCAGGAUUUUCAGAGAUCCAUGAAAUAAUAAGAAAUAAUCAAUUUUUUUUAUAUUCAUAUUAUUAUAGUUACUUAAUUAGAGGGUUUCUACUGUAAGUUCUCUGAAGGACCCAAUGAUUUCUUACAAUAAACUCAAUACCCUUAAGAAUACUUAUCACAACAUACGCCCAUAUCCAUCGCGUCUAUUGAGAUAAAGGAAUCUCUGUGUUUUUUCACAGGUUAAUAUUUUUCUACGAAUCCCAAAGGAUUGCUUACCUGUAUUUCCACGUCAUUUGUUGUAUUUUUAAGAAGUGAUGAUUCUAUCAUUUUGACUUUGAUUUGACCAAUUCUUAGCCACUGAGGCUGAUUUUUUUAUGCGCUAUAGACUUAUGGUGUCUGAAAAUUAUUGGAAACCCCGAUUAAAAUUACUGUUUGGUGCUGCUCCAUGAAAACUCAGAUCCAAAUUAGGAAAACAUUUUGAGGUUUUCAUAGACCACUUAGUUCUCUAGUCGAGAAUUCUUCCACAAAAUGUAUGACGCUGUGGAUUAAAAGAGAUACGCAGCCCACUGCGAUGAAGUGUAAGCAAAUUGUAAAUUGUGUUACUUUGUGCAUUUCCCCCUUUGAACCCUAGUACCAUGUAAAUAGAUUUAAGUGAUACUUCUUUCUUCCUUUCCUUUUCUAUAAAAUACUGAAUUUAGUAUUAUUGUAGUUCAAUUUAUCUGUUAUUGAAUGACUGAUUCUACUUUAAUCAAUAAUCAAUACUAUUUUUACACUUAUAAUUUGUUGCCGAAAGCUACAUGUUGUGUUCAUCAAUUCUUUUUUAUUUACCAGAGUAGUAUGAUGAGUUACUUAAAUAAUGUAAUUUUAGUUAUUUUGAAUCUUUUUUUAACUGGAUUUUUUUAGUCUGCAUCAAUGGCUGUAUAUAUAUGUUAAAGUAGGAUGGUUGCACAGACUAUGAGGACAAAAUUUUGGGAAUAAUCAUUUUCUCAGCUAAGUUAGUGUUCAGCAAACUGGCACCAAAAUCCGCAAUCUUUGUAUGAAGAACCAAACCUUUUUUCCUAGAGAAGCUUGUAACUUUUUUGCCUUUGGGUACAUAUUUCAAUUUGAUAGAAGUUAAAAGACUUUAUGGUGAGCUCUCACGAGGCCUAUUAACUCUCAUUGGGCAAGUUUAGUUUUUAAUAAAAAUGUGCCCAUUUGUCGACAAAACGCCAAAAGUGGCAGAAUGAGUGAUGCAUUACCUCAGCUUUUGAAUGUGUACUGCAAUGUACACAAUAAACUUGCACACUUCAUUUCCAUGUGUGGUUGUGUCUUAAGGUCAGUUUUUUGUGUGUGUGUGUACAAAAGAAAGUGAAAAAGUACUAGAGUAAAUGCAAAAUUAUUUUUAACAUUGAUCUUACAUGUGUAAUCGAAUAUUAGGUGAAGAAUCAAGAUUGUUUAUUUUACCUUAUCAUCCCAGAAUUCAGUUAUCAAUAAUGAAUCAACAAAAUUUUUUUAUCCUUUUCUUAUUUGUAAUCUUGCAAUUAAUAAAAAUCAUGUUGAAAAUUUUUUAUACAAAAGCA